CUGCUUGUAUGGGAAUAUUACUGGACUACAGUAGUUACUUUUAGUUUAACACACUAAAUAUAUAACUGUGGGGGUGGAAAACGGUAACAUUAUACAACAGUUUGUCGAGAGUCAGUCGUCUGUGUUUUGUGCGAGAUGAGGGCGCUGACUUUGCAGCACGCAAAUGUGGGCCCAGGAGAGCAGAAGCGGGACUUGGCCACACCUGGAAGAAGUUUGUCUUCCAACUAUUCUCCAAAUCUGGAAAACAAGAUCCUGGCUCAGUCCUCCACGAUUGAGCCUUGCUCUCUGCUCUUAAACCUUUCAGCACAAUCGUCUGCUUGCCCAUCUCUCCAGCCUUCCAGAUUGUCCUCUACCUCAUCUUCCCUUCUCUCUUCUUUCGCUUCCUCUGCUGUGCCACCCCUCCUCAGCACCAAAAACAAACUCCUAACUAAUGACUUGUCCCCUCUUUCUUUUUCCUUGACCUCCUCUGUUCCUAAUGAGUCUCUGCUGUCCACAUCCCUGCCCGAUACUGCUCUGCUCGGUCGCUUUUCUAACUUUCUUUCACUGGGGAAUCAUGGUCUGGGGGGAGAACAGAAAAAGGAUGGUGAAGGAGAUGAAGAGGUGGAGGAAAUAUCUGAAGACACAUCAUCCGGUUUUGAGGAAACAAGUGUGUGCCUUCAGCAUCUUGAUGAAGCUCCAGCAUUAUCUGAACGUAUGGCAGAGGUGGAGGUGGAGGAUGCUGAGACAACCAUGGAGUUGCCAGUCUUGGAAAUGGAGCUGAGCAACCAGGAGGUUGAGCACACUUUGGUCAUCAAACAAGAUGAAUUUGCAGAGCCUGAUCCGAGAACUGAAAGGGCUGAAGAGCAGCUGAAAGAUAAAAAGUAUCUCCUGCUGAAUGCGGUGUGUUGCUCCCUGGUUAAUAAAAACAAAGCCCCUGGCCAGCUGAACUGGGACUCUGAGGACAGCGUUUGGACCAACAUCAUCAACCUGGCCAAGGACAUUUCUGACUGUGACCCACAGUUCCUUCUCAAGGUGGCAGUUUACACAAGACAAGAACUAAAUAUUCGCAUCACUGCAAACUUCUUGCUGGCUCUGGCUGCCAAUCUGCCCUCCACUAAGUCGCAUGUCCGCAGAUACUUCUGUGCAGCUGUGCAGCUUCCGUCUGACUGGCUGGAAAUAGUCAGAAUCUACAGCACAUGCUUCAGCCGCUCUUUGCCAAUGUGUCUGAAGAAGGCGAUGGUUGACAAGUUUAAGCAGUUCAAUGAAUAUCAACUGGCCAAAUAUAACACCCGCAAACACCGCUGUAAACACAACCGUAAAAAACCCAAAGGAAAGAAACCAACUGAUGGACAGCUGAAAAAAUGGGCGAAGCUUCUCAGAUCUGAUGCAUCUAUGCUGAAGAAGCUUAUCCAGGUAAAUGAAGGAAAAGGGGUGGUGGAUAAAAAGCAGAGUGAAUUCAGCAUGAAGAAGUUGAUCAAGAAGCUUCACAUUAAAGAUCCUGCUGAGCAUGUUAUGAGCAUUCUGGGGAAAAAGUACCCCAGUGACAUGAAGGCGUUCACCCGCAGUGGAUUAAAGGGUUCGUGGGACAGGGAGAGAUCUGGACAGAGGAUGAAGCUCAAGGAGCCGCAGACGUGGGAACGGCUGCUCAGUCUGGAAGGAAACAAGGCUGCUACCUGGGAGAAACUCAUAGACAGUAAAUCACUUCCAUUUAUGGCCACGCUGAGGAACUUGAGGAAUAUGAUCACCAAGGGCAUUAGUGAGGCUCACCACAGAAAGAUCCUCAACAGACUGACUAAUCAGAAAGCAGUCAUCCAGAGCAGGCAGUUUCCUUUCAGAUUCCUUGCUGCCUACAAAGUCAUCAUGGAGCUGCACACAUUGGCUUCAGCAUCGCAGCAGAAGAUCCCCACUGCCAAAGAGAUCCUGGUGAGCAUCCUGAAGAAGAUCCCCAAAAGUAAUCGAUUUAAGCGUCAGGAGUGGGAGUCAACUAAAAAGAGAAGAGUGAAGUUGACACUCGGCGUGCCAUUUAUCUACCGACUGUACAAAAUAAAGAAAGCCCAACUCCUGAAGGCCAAUGAGAGGCCCUACACUGUUGAACUGCUGGACCGUUAUCGCAAAGCUCUGGAGACGGCGGUUCAGAUCUCCUGCCGCUAUAACGUGCCCCCACUCCCCGGGAAAACUGCUAUCCUGCUCUCCUAUGAUAUGAUAUACCACCAGUCGUGGGACAAGAAACAGGACUUCUGCCUCCCUCCAGACCUGGAGAAACAAGAAGAAGAGGGAGAGGCAGAUGAGGAAGAUGGGGAAGAGGACAGCAGCUGUAGAAGGAAGAAGACCAAGGAGGCGGAGCAUGAUAAACUCACUCCUUCUAUGUUAGAGGUGGGAGCUAUGCUCGCUCUGAUGAUCAACAGUAGUGCAGAGGAUUGUCGACUCUACAUGUUACAAGAUAAUCAGUGUAAAGAAGCUACACUUGAGUCUGAUGUCCUUUUGGAUAAUGUCAGAAGUGUGAUCAAGCAAAUGGAGGCACUUUCCCAGGUUCCAUGUGAUGAUAUUGAUAAUGCGUUCUGUCACAGGAUGUUCACCAAUAAAAACAAGGUGAACAACAUCAUUAUGCUGUCUGAGUCCUCUAUCAGCUCUGAAAUUCAGUGGGCCAUCAAAAACUACAGGAAGGAAAUAAACAGCAAUGCCCUUGUGAUGCAAAUCUUCUUGUCAGACAGACGAUGCCCAGACUCAGAAAGCACUCCCGACAGGAACUUUGUGACUCUCAGCGGCUUCAGUGAACAAAUACUGAGGUUUGUGGCAGCACGAGGAUCUUCAAGGCUGCUCGAUCAUGUGGAGCAUUUGGACAGAUUAUACAACAUCCUGCCACCAGAGGGCGCCAAAGGCCUUCAGACUUCAAAUUAUGUUGUCUCAGUACCAACCAGCCCAAAAUUAAGGUGGCAAGGUGUGCGAGUGUUCAUCUCCUCCACCUUCAGAGACAUGCACGCUGAGCGUGAUGUUUUGGUGCGGAGCGUGUUCCCAGAGCUUCGCCGGCGCGCUGCGCCGCACUGCCUCUAUUUGCAGGAGGUGGAGCUCCGCUGGGGCGUGACAGAGGAGGAGUCGGAGAGAGCCGCCGAGCUGUGUCUGUCAGAGGUGUGUCGCAGUCAGAUGCUGGUGGGGAUCCUUGGGGACAGGUAUGGUCAGGUGCCCCCCAGACCGGCCCUCCCUGACCUGCCGCAGUACAGCUGGCUGGCCUCUGCCCCAGCGGGUCUGUCCAUCACAGAGAUGGAGAUCUGUCAGUUUCAGGCUCUUUAUCCUGACACGGCACACCAGCGGAUGUUCUGUUACUUCAGGGAUCCAAACAUCAUCAAAUCGGUUCCUGUUGCUUGGAGAUCAGAUUUUGCUGCUGAAUCAAAGGAGGCUGAGGACAAGAUGACGUCUCUGAAGAGAAGACUAGUGGGCAGCACUGUCAAAGUCACUGAAAAUUACUCGUGCGAGUGGGGAGGUGUUGUGGAAGGAAAGGCAUAUCUUAAAAACCUGGAGGACUUUGGCAAAGCUGUGCUGGAGGAUCUUUGGAUGGCUGUUACGAAGCUAUUUGUGGAAGAGGGUGAGGAGGCUGAAGCUGCGUCGGAGGUGUUUGAGCAGGAAGUUCACCAGGGGGCGCUGCUGAGGCAGUUCUUCGGCAGGCAGAAGCUGCUUUCAGCUGCUGUGGAGAUGGUGGAGCAGACGCACACCAAAGGAGGGAUGGUGGUGAUAGAGGGAGGAACUGGAGAGGGCAAAACGGUCUUCAUGGCUGCUCUGGCAGAUUCCCUCAGCACUGGAGGGAAGUCCAGAAGAAAAGUCAGCUGCGAUGUGAUGUCCUAUUCUACAGCUGCCAGUCAACCGGCACGCUCAGUGGAAAACCUCCUUCGAUGCCUCGUUCACUGGCUGAGAAAGAUGAGAGAUACAGAUGAGGAAUCACCUUUUACCCACUCGUACAAAGACUUGUUGUCAGAAUUUCACUCCAUGUUGGGUGACAUGACGAAGAACAAACCUGUGGUGCUGCUGGUUGAUGGGGUGGAUCUUGUCCGAGACAGUGGAGGACAGCUCAGCGCCGACUGGAUCCCACAACAGCUUCCCAAGGGCGUUUGCUUAGUGCUGAGCAUCACAUCAAAAGCAGCUCUGCUACAAACACUGGCCAAGAAAAGAGGGACCGUCCUGUUUUCUUUGGGCCAGCUCACCAUGCCCGACAGAAAGGAGAUCGUUCAGAAGGAACUGGACACGUUUGGAAAAAAGCUCAGUGAUUCAGCGUUUAACAACCAGCUCCAGACCUUAAUAACGAAGAAGGGAGCAGUGAGUCCUCUGUACCUGCACUUGGCCUGUGAAGACCUGAGGAGUUUUGCCUCCUUUGACAAGCUGAAGGAGAGCCUGCAGUGUUUGCCACCGUCUCUGAGCCAGCUGGUGCAGUACAGUCUGGAGAGACUCUGCUCGCAGUACAGAGGCAUGCUGGGACUCCGCUGGGCCCUGGCAGCUUUCACCGUCAGCAGUACCGGCCUGAAGGAGAGAGACUUGUACUCUGUUCUGAACAUGUGCAAUGACCUGUCCAUGCGGGAUGGACAGGUCGAGUGGCAGGAAGUGCUGCGCCUGUCCAGGAACCCCAAGGGACGUGUUCCCAUGGCAACUUUCACCCGUUUGGUUCAGAGUUUGCAAAGUCUGAUUGGUCCGUCUCAUUCUCACAACACCGAUGACGUGCUGGUGCUAAUCAAUCCAGAGGUGAAGCGAGCCUUUGAGGAUUUUCUCCUCCCAACACAGAAGGACAGAAGCCGAGCUCACCUCGUACUGGCAGCUCAUCUGUGGGCGAUGGCCGACCCUCACGGUGAAAACACCUUCCUUCACUGCGAGGCCAACUCUGUCCUGCACUUGCCCUCCAGCCUGAUUCAAAGUGGACAACUGGAGGCGGUUCAUUGCCUGCUGUCCAGCUUUUAUUUCCUGUACGCAAAUGUGCGCCAUGGCCUGCUGCACCACCUUAUCGAAACAUAUAGCUUGUAUGACAAGGAGCACACAUAUGCACCCUCCUCUGACUUCCAAGGCCGUCUGGAAGACUGUCGUAGUUUCCUGCGACGCCACACCUCCACACUCUCGACCUGGCCAGCUCUUUUCAUUCAGCAGGCUUUCAGUGAACCCGCAGAUUCCUCCGCCCACAUCUGGGCUCAGGUCCUGGUGGAGAAGGGAGGGGUGCGGGUCGUUGAGUGUCUCAACAGCAACAACAAGCCUGUUCAAGAGAUCGGUGAACUGGUUUCCACCUUCCCCUCUGAGCCGACCUGUGUGGUCCUGAGCUCGGAUGCUCAGCUGCUGGUGGUUGGUACCGGGCAGGGGACGCUGCACAUCAUCAACACGCACACUGGACAGGAAGUGAAGUCACUGGUGAGCAGCUGUGACGGCAUCUCGAGCUGCAUCUUUCUGAAGGACGCUCAGUUUGCUUCUACCUCGUUUGAUGGACGAAUGGAGGUCUGGGACAUUGAGAGUGGAUGCAGAACCGCUCUCAUUGAUGGCCAUACUAAUACGAUAACUGCAAGUGACGUCACCCCGGACAGGAAGCACCUCGCAACUGUGUCCCUUGACUUCAUGCUUAAAGUGUGGUCUUCUGCUAAAGGUGAUGAGGUGGCGUCUCUGCCCAGCACCAGCCCUUUGAACUGCGUGAUGUUUGAUCCUGAAGGUGUCCUGCUGGCUGCUGGCUGCUGGAAUGGAAAUGUCGUCGUCUGGAACUGGCUCCAGAAUAAAACACUAACGUCCCUACGUGGUCACCAGCGAUCCGUACGGAGCCUUUCCUUCUCCCCGUCGUCUUCCAUGCUCUGCUCCGGCUCUGUUUCUGGAGAGGUGCGGGUGUGGUCAGUGGCCACCUCCACCUGUGUCGGGUGUUUCCAGGCUCACUGCGGAGCCACAGAGGCCCUCACUUUCCUGAAGGGUGGAGACCUGCUUCUGAGCGCCGGCUCGGAUCAUCUGCUCCAGCUCUGGUCAGGGGGACUUGGAUGUUCUGUUGCUGCAUUAAAAAGUUAUGAAGACGUAGAGGAGCCUCCUCAGAAGAAAUUUAAAUCUGCAGCAUCUCAUCCUGCCACUCUGUGUGUGGCUGUUAAUGGAGACCAUACUGCUGUGGGAUAUCACGGUGAUGGCAUGAAGCUCUUCAGUCUUGAAUCAGGCGAGACGAUUUGGACCUCCACGGACCUUGCCACAUCUGUGCACUGCAUGCUGUGGGUCAUAUUGGACGCAGAGCAGAACAAGUCAGAGCUGCUUGUAUCUGGUGGAAGUGACAAAUCCCUGAGGGUGUGGAAGAUGAAAGAAGAAGAGGAGGGUCUGAUAAGUCUGGGAACGUUUGGGGUGCAGACAGGCGCCGUCCUGGCCCUAGCACAGAACUCCACUUACCUUGCUACAGCUUCAGAUGACUUCACCGUUGUGCUUUGGCUGUUGACUGAACUGGCCCUUGAUUCUGCUAUUGAACCACAUGUGGUGCUCCGGGGCCACAGAGGAGGAGUCACCUGUCUGGCUUUCAGUCCCGAUGGUGCAAAGCUGCUGUCUGGUGGAAAAGAUCAGGCUCUGAUGGUGUGGGACGUCAGCUCGUCUCCUGCUGCCCUUUCUAAGUCGCUCCCUCACUCUCACAGAGACUGGAUCACGGGCUGCGUUUGGACAUCAGACUGCGUGAUAAGCUCUUCAAAUGAUGGGAGACUUUGUUUGUGGGACCUGGAAGCGGGUCAGUGUCUCAAAGAAAUCUCCUGGAAGAGUCCACUCACCUCUGUCUGCUGUCUGGGCGAGCAUGUGAUAGCGGGGUGCUCGGACGGCAUGCUGCAUGUUUGGAACUGGGAAACAAGCACAGAAAUCUGCCACCUAAGUGCCCACAAGCAGCGCAUACAUCACUGCUCUCUCCGCCCAAACACUGACAAAAAGAAAGAAAUGAAGUCAGAGGACAUGACCAUUCUCACAACGUCUGAUGAUGGCACAGUGCAGCUCUGGAAACCCCUACAGAUGGAGCACUUCGGUACCUUCCACGGUCACAGCGGUGCAGUUUGUGGAGUCGCUCUUAAGAACGGAGCUCCAGAGUUCCUCACUGUGUCACAGGACUGCUCCCUCCGGUGCUGGACCUGGACAAGAGAGAGCUCUCCAGAAGUGAAAGGCCCGAUCUCAGUGUUGUGCUUUUCUCAGGCUGGAGAUGUGAUUCUUGCUGGUUAUGAAUCCGGUCUGCUGGAGUUGUGGCAACGUAACACGAUGGUUGGAAAAAAACAGGCAUCGGACAGCCCCAUCGCUGCGGUUUGUGCCAUGCCUGACGGCCAGUUUGCCGUCAGCUACCUGGAUUAUUUGUUUGUUGAUAUUUGGAAGCUUGUUUGGAAUCAACAAGCCGGCAAAGCAAGCCUGGUGAAGGUUGCUACACACAAAGUGGAAAACCCCGUGGUGCGACUCCUUUACAUCUCACUGCUGGUCUGCGUAUCCAACAUGGGAACGCUGUUCACCAUCACAGAUGAGGAGAAUAACUGGCAGCACGAAAACAACCAAUGGAACGAAACCGUUCGUAUUUGUGGGGUGACCCGUAAUGACGAGAAGAGCGUGUGGCUGGCAGGCGAGUCAGACAAAGAAGUUCACAUCGGAUUCGCUUUUGGCAUGGGCCCCAAAACCCGUAUUUACUCAUCGUUUUGCUCAGUGACCAUGAAAUGGGAUGAGAAAGAGAAAGGACCCCAGAUAACGGCUGUGACUGUGGACAAAGAACUUGUGGUGUGUGGAGACGUGGAAGGCAACAUGUGGUUUAAUCAACAGUCGGAUAUUUCCUCAUGGAGCAGCGCCAAACCUGCUCACAAUGACAGGAUCAGCGAGCUGAGACUCACAGACAGCACCAUCAUCUCUGCCUCCUACGACCGGACAGUGAAGAUGUGGGACAGAAGCACCAAGAAACAAGUGGGGAUGUUUGUGUGUGGAGGUCCCGUUCUGAAGCUGGAGGUGAAUCCACAAGAACCCAGUGAGCUGGUCUGCGCUGACGGACAGGGGAAGCUUUACUUCCUGUCCUGGAAAAACUAACUGCACUUGGAUUACACUCCAACACCAGAACAUUGUAGUAACAUGUUAAUGCACUUACCAAAGACCAUCAAAAAUGUUCUCUCUAACUCUAACUUUUUUUUUUCCAAUAUGCAAUGAAUGUGUUUAUAGAGGGAAGGUUAAUGUUUACAAAGGUGGCGGUUUAUGAAGAAACUCUUUAUGUGGAAUAGUUGGUUUUGAUUAAGAUGUUUUAUGUUCAAUUUCAAAUAUUGUUGGAAGUAAUAUAUAUGAAAUAUUGAUGAUUUCUUUUGUUUUUUCAAUAAACUAUUGGUUCAAAUCAUAAA